AUGACAAGUACAGUUAAUCCCUCGGAUGAGUUUGAAACCCAGGACUACCCCAUGUUAGAUCCGUCUUUCUCAUCUCCUCCGGCUGUUCUGGCUGACUCGGUUUGCGCAACGCAUUCUAAUAGUUCUGGGUAUAAUUAUUUGUUACCCGACCCAUUUAUUUCUCUCGAUUUUAUGGGAUAUGAAGAUGGUCCAGCAGCAAAACCCCUUAUUGAACUCGAGAUGACGCGUCUUUCGGCAGAGCUGUGCUGUAAAACAUCUUGGUGGAGCAAAUGUCGAGAUGAAUCUAUCCUCGCCAAGUGGAAAGAAGAGGCGCUAGCCCAAGCAAAACUUAUGAAAGAGCCGCACGUCGAAUACGUCCUAAAAGAGCUAGAUGGAUACGCCAACCUCCGCGACGAGGCAUCUGGAGCAGAGGUUUCAUGUUAUGACCGAAUCUGGCAAUCAGACACUCUCGUUGCAGCAUCACUCAAGAAGCGGCUACUGGCUGGAGUCGCAAAGCUCGAAGAUGUGCCCGAGUCAGAGAAGGAUUGGCACCCUCGGUCGAACGGGCAAGUGCUCGACUUGGUGCAUCCAUCGUUAUAUCCAAUUGUCUAUGGCCGCACCCUGGCAUAUCCCGAUAACGCGAACGGCCGGCAUUCAGAUGCGCUGCGACCACUGGAAGCCCCGAAUACUGGGGCAGGCAGGGUCGAAUACUACGUGUCGACCCAGUUUCAGUGGUUGCCUACGGACUUCAAAGUCUCCGAGGACGGUAAAUCUGUCCACGCAGUUUCAUAUAUCAACAACCUCCACCCAUUCAAGCAUUCUAGAUUAUACCACGUUAUCGAAGAGUUGAUUACAGCAUUCAUUCCCCUGUUUGAACGGGUACUAACGGACGCGAUCCCUGAGAAUGAGGUAAUCCCCACACGGACAACUAGUUACUAUGAGCGUGACGAUAACUACGCGGAGGUUCCCGACGAUGAAGAUCCCAACUACGACGAAUUGUACGAUGAGUGGAAAGAAAAACGACCAAUUAUUAUGCCUGAGAUAAAGGAUGGUGGCUAUGAUUCUGGCUCUUUAGAGAAGAGAGCAGUUAGAUACACUCUUGGUGGGCGAGUCAUUCAAGUGAUCGUCAAAUUGGCAAACAUCUAUUUGACUCCGGAGAAACCACAGUAUGAUGGAGGAUCUUGGCAUGUGGAAGGGAUGUCGAACGAAGCGAUCGCUGCAUCUGGCAUAUAUUAUUACGACGAAGAGAAUAUCACCCAGAGUCGUUUGGCUUUCCGCACUGCUGUUGCCGCCCCAGGCCAUUACGAACAAGACGACUCGAAUGGAUGUAGAGCAGUAUGGGGAAUUGGACGUGAGGAUCCAUGCGUCAAUAGGUUCGGUUCUGUCAUUACUCGCCAGGACCGCUGCAUCGCAUUCCCGAACACCUACCAACACCGUGUCUCACCCUUUGAGCUUGUGGACAAAUCUAAGCCUGGACACAGGAAGAUAGUUGCGCUGUUUCUGGUCGAUCCCGCUACUUAUCGGCCAUCCACGACUACGGUUCCACCCCAGCAGUCGGAAUGGCGUGCAUCUGGAAUCAGUGCGAACCCAGUUCUCAAGGCAGCCUUCAAUAAACUGUCGGCAGAGAUCAUUGACCAUAUCAACUCGCUGGCGGAAGGGACUAUGACUCGAGGAGAGGCCGAAGCAUAUCGGCUGAAGUUGAUGGAUGAGCGGACGGCGUUUGUGGCACAGAACACCAAGGAACUCUUCAUGGCCCCCUUCAAUCUAUGCGAGCAUUAA